AUGGGGCUCCCCGCGCUCGAAUUCAGCGACUGCUGCCUCGACAGCCCGCACUUCAGAGAGACGCUCAAGUCGCACGAAGCGGAGCUGGACAAGACCAACAAAUUCAUCAAGGAGCUCAUCAAGGACGGGAAGUCACUCAUCAGCGCGCUUAAGAAUCUAUCUUCAGCGAAGAGGAAAUUUGCUGAUUCCUUAAAUGAAUUUAAAUUCCAGUGCAUAGGAGAUGCAGAAACAGAUGAUGAAAUGUGUAUAGCAAAGUCUUUGCAGGAGUUUGCCACUGUCCUCAGGAAUCUUGAAGAUGAACGGAUACGGAUGAUUGAGAAUGCCAGCGAGGUGCUCAUCACUCCCUUGGAGAAGUUUCGAAAGGAGCAGAUUGGGGCUGCCAAGGAAGCCAAAAAGAAGUAUGACAAGGAGACAGAAAAGUAUUGUGGCGUCUUAGAAAAACACUUGAAUUUGUCUUCUAAGAAGAAAGAAUCUCAGCUUCAGGAGGCAGACAGCCAAGUGGACUUGGUCCGGCAGCAUUUCUAUGAAGUAUCCCUGGAGUAUGUCUUCAAGGUGCAGGAAGUCCAAGAGAGAAAGAUGUUUGAAUUCGUGGAGCCGCUACUGGCGUUCUUGCAAGGACUCUUCACUUUCUAUCACCAUGGUUAUGAACUGGCCAAGGACUUCGGUGACUUCAAGACGCAGUUGACCAUUAGCAUACAGAACACAAGAAACCGCUUCGAAGGUACCAGGUCAGAAGUGGAAUCACUGAUGAAAAAGAUGAAGGAGAAUCCCCUUGAGCACAAGACCAUCAGUCCCUACACCAUGGAAGGGUACCUGUAUGUUCAGGAGAAACGGCACUUUGGAACUUCUUGGGUGAAGCACUACUGUACCUAUCAACGGGAUUCCAAACAAAUCACCAUGGUACCAUUUGACCAAAAGUCAGGAGGAAAGGGGGGAGAAGAUGAAUCUGUCAUCCUGAAAUCCUGCACACGGCGGAAAACAGACUCUAUCGAGAAGAGGUUUUGCUUUGACGUAGAAGCAGUAGACAGGCCAGGAGUCAUCACCAUGCAGGCGUUGUCGGAAGAGGACCGGAGGCUCUGGAUGGAGGCCAUGGAUGGCCGGGAACCUGUCUACAAUUCGAACAAAGACAGUCAGAGCGAAGGGACUGCACAGUUGGACAGCAUUGGCUUCAGCAUCAUCAGGAAAUGCAUCCACGCUGUGGAAACCAGAGGGAUCAAUGAGCAAGGGCUCUACCGAAUCGUGGGGGUCAAUUCCAGAGUCCAGAAGCUACUGAGUGUCCUGAUGGACCCCAAAACUGCUUCUGAGGCGGAGACUGAUAUCUGUGCCGAAUGGGAGAUAAAGACGAUCACUAGUGCUUUGAAGACCUACCUAAGAAUGCUUCCGGGACCACUCAUGAUGUACCAGUUUCAAAGAAGUUUCAUCAAAGCAGCAAAACUGGAGAACCAGGAGUCUCGAGUCUCUGAAAUCCAUAGCCUUGUUCAUCGGCUCCCAGAGAAAAAUAGGCAGAUGUUACAGCUGCUCAUGAACCACUUGGCAAAUGUCGCUAAUAACCACAAGCAGAAUCUGAUGACAGUGGCAAACCUCGGCGUGGUGUUUGGACCCACCCUACUGCGUCCUCAGGAAGAAACAGUAGCAGCCAUCAUGGAUAUCAAGUUUCAGAACAUUGUCAUUGAGAUCCUCAUAGAAAAUCACGAAAAGAUAUUCAACACCGUGCCUGAUAUGCCUCUCACCAAUGCCCAGCUGCACCUGUCCCGGAAGAAGAGCAGUGACUCCAAGCCCCCUUCCUGCAGCGAAAGGCCCCUGACGCUCUUCCACACCAUGCAGUCAGCAGAGAAACAGGAACAAAGAAACAGCAUCAUCAACUCCAGUUUAGAAUCUGUCGUCUCAUCAAAUGCAAACAGCAUCCUUAAUUCCAGCAGCAGCUUACAGCCCAACAUGAACUCCAGUGACCCGGAUCUCGAUGUGCUCAAACCCACCCGGCCCAACUCGCUCCCCCCGAAUCCAAGCCCAACUUCACCCCUCUCGCCAUCUUGGCCCAUGUUCUCGGCGCCAUCCAGCCCUAUGCCCACCUCAUCCACGUCCAGCGACUCAUCCCCCAUCAGGUCUGUUGCAGGGUUUGUUUGGUUUUCUGUUGCUGCCGUUGUUCUCUCAUUGGCUUGGUCCUCUCUUCAUGCAGUGUUCAGCCUCCUCGUCAACUUUGUUCCCCGCCAUCCAAACCUGCACUUGCUUUUUGACAGGCCAGAAGAAGCGGUUCGUGAAGACUCCAGCACACCGUUCCGGAAGGCAAAAGCCUUAUAUGCCUGCAAAGCUGAACAUGACUCAGAACUCUCGUUCACAGCAGGCACAGUCUUCGACAAUGUUCAUCCAUCUCAGGAGCCUGGCUGGUUGGAAGGGACUCUGAACGGAAAGACUGGCCUCAUCCCUGAGAACUACGUGGAGUUCUUUUAA